GUAGAGUUUGUUUUAUAUCUAUUCACUCAAGCAUUUGUUGGUCUUAUUUUGAACUUCAUAAGAAGAAAACUGUAUUUAAAGAAGCAAAUCAGAUUUUUUCUGUUUACUUUUACAUAAAUGAUAUAUCGCUCAUUAGUUAAGUGUUAAAAAACCAUGUUAUUAACUUUGCAAAACAUUUAAUACCCAUGCAAGUGUUAUAGUUAUGUAUAAAAGGUCAGGAUACAUUGAUUUGUUGUAAAUUUACUUUAUUCUCUGUGCAUAAUUGUGAAAUAAGGUAUUCUGCAACUGUAGGAAAAAUACAGAUACAUGAAAAAUACAGACAAAAUACAGACAUUUGCAGUGCUAUCUGUGAGAGAAAACUGAAUAGUAGGUUAUCAUUUGAUGUAUUUCUUGUACAUGUUACAAAUAGCGUUCUUAAGUUCAGUUUAGUGUUAGUUUGUGUUCCACGCCUGUUCCAAAUGCCUUCAUGUUGUGUCUAUUCUAGGCUUAGUUCUUAGCUGUGUAAAAUGAGACAGUUGAGUGUUUAACAGUUAGUUUAUUCUGUUGUACUUUUGUCUGAGCCAGUGGUAAGAUAAAUCAUAGUUAUGCAUAUAUCUGUGUCUUUGUCUCCAGAAAUAUGAUGCAUUAUACUUCUGAUUGUAUUAUUUGAUUACAUUAUUUCAGAAGCUGACAAUGCUCUCUUUUUGUGUUUAUUGAGUGAUCAAGCAAUGUUCCACUACAUAACCUAUAUCUUUAAAUAUUCCUCUGUAACAGAGACUUGCAGGAUCCUCAAAUCAACCCCAUGAAUUCCUCGUCUUAUGGCUAUAAUGUGUCAAGUGGUCUGAGUUAUCGAGACCCUUCAAGCUCAGCUGUGGUCAAAAAUGUGAUUGUUCUAGCUCUUGGCCUUACCAUCAACUAUAUCAAUGGUACCCUGAUUCACACCUUCAGAAAACACCAGAUCUUUUAUGUGAAUCCUCGUUACAUCUUAUUCAUCCACCUGGUGCUGAACGAUAUAAUCCAGCUUACCACAACAAUCAGCCUGUUUGUCUUCAGUUAUAUCUUCUACAAAAUUAAUGCUUCCUUCUGUUGCCUCAUUAUUACAUUUGCUGUUUUCACCACCCUCAACACCCCAUUAAAUUUAGCUGUCAUGGCAGUGGAGUGUUACAUUGCUAUUUGUUUACCACUGCGACAUGCUGAGCUCUGUACAAUCAAAAAGACAAAUAUUCUGAUUGGUUGGAUCUGGGCCAUGAGCGCAGUCUCAACACUGCCGGAUGUGUUUAUUAUUCUUGCAACAGAACCUUUACAGUUAUUCUAUUCCACAAUUUUCUGUGAGAGGGAUAACUUGUUCCAUCACCCCAUAAGUUUGAAAAAGAGGGAUAUCUCCUACAUAAUUUACCUAAUUGGUGUUUGGCUCACUCUCUUCUACACUUACUUUAAGAUUUUCUUUGCUGCUAAAGCAGCUAAAGAAGCUAAAUCAUCUGAUGGAGAUGCAAAGAAGGCCAGGAAUACAAUCCUGCUGCAUGGCUUUCAGCUACUCUUGUGUAUGCUAACCUAUGUAGCCCCUGUGUUGAAAAAGGUUCUAUUGUACUGGUUCCCUAAACAUUAUGUACAUGCACUCUUUGUUUGCUAUAUCAUCAUUCAGAUCCUCCCCAGGUUUAUCAGUCCGAUUGUGUACGGGCUACGAGACAAGACUUUUAGACAGCACUUUAAAAAGUACCUGCUGUGUUCAGUGUGAGCAAGCAUCACACCACGGACUGCAGAGAAGGACCAGAUAACAUAAACUAGAUCUUAAACAAAGCAUUUAAGGUCGUGAAUGCCACUGAGGAAAAAUAGUGUAAUGACUUUUCAGUGAGAAAGUACACUGGAACACAUUAAGCAUAUAACAUUGUAAAUUCCUGGAGUUUGACAAAUUUAGAUUGUGCUCUCCUACUGAGCACUAUAAUCAUAGCAGUAUGAAAAUUCACUGCAUGAUAUAUUAUAUAUAUUAUUCACUGCAUGGUCAAAUGCUUCCAAAUUACUAAAACAUUGUUAUUUUAACAAUUUAAACAUGCACCACAGACUGCAGCCUGUAGCCUGUGGUGCACAAGCUAUCAACUCUAUGUUUAUGUGAUCUAUUCACGUAGUUAGUCUAGCCUCUAGUUAUUCUACAAUGGUAUGGCAUAUGUUAUGUAAAAUGAUAUUUAAGGAUUUAACAAUAAAGUGAAAGAAUAAAAAGUGAUAACAAUAGUAAACUUCAGAGAGAAAAGACUGAAGCAUGCUGAUUGAUGUGCAGCCUUUAAUAUUGAGAACAGACUAAAGUUUCAACACUUUAUCAGUGUUCCAGUCUUUUCUCUCUGAAGUUUGCUGUCCCUUGUCUUAGUUUUGGCUGAAUCUCUUACAUUCAAUCCCACACAGAAAAAUAACAUGUAUUAAUAAGUGCUCUGACAUUUUGUUCACCAAUUUGCAUUAUUGAGUACAUUUGUAAAAAAAAAAAAAAAAAAAAAAAAGAACAGCAAGAAAUGUUUGUUAAUUUCAUUGACAUUUAGUCCAUAACUACAUUGAUACAUUUGACCAACCUCUUGUUUUAUUUUUACUUUCUUGAAUGCCAGGUAGAAAAUUUAAUAGAUAUAAUUGCGUCUUUGUCUAAAAGUUUUACUUACAAAACAGCGUAUAUUUCUUUUGCUCUGUUAUAUCAGUGGUGGAAAGUACUUAAGUACAUUUACACAAGUACUGUACUUAAGUACAGUUUUGAGGUACUUA